AUGGAAGACAUACCUUUUUGUGAGCAAAAUGUUGGGAAUAUUGAAGAACUACAAUUAGUGCGAGACGAUGUAAAUGAACAAGAAAAUGAUGAAACAAAUGUUGAGGAAGAUCAUGUCAGCUUGACAGAUAUUUUAUUGGAGGAUGAUGUAGUUGAACCUUCACCAAAGCCAAAUGAAACUGAAUCGCAACAAAAAGAGGAGUCAUUACUUAUCAAAGUUAAAGAUACUUCUACCGGAGAAAUUAUAAUUGGAAAAAUGGUAGUAAAUCAAGUUUGGCAUCUAGAGAAAACAAAAAAGAUUAUGGUCGAAAUCGGUGCUAAUGGACAGGGCAAUGAUAAUGGUUCAAAUUUACUUGUGAGAUUUCUGGGCGAACUUGCUAAAAAAUCAGCAUUUUGUCCUAUAAGUGUUGAAAGAUGGGAUCAAAUGUCAGAAAAGAAUAGUAAAGCAAUUUGGAACUGCAUCAAGGAUCAUUUUGUGUAUGAUUAUGUUGCUGGUAUCAAAUGGACAUGGGAAAUCCUAGGAGAAAGAUGGAAGGCCUAUAAAUAUAAGUUACGAUGUAAAUACUUCUACCCUAACAAAAGUAAGGAAGACCUACUUGCUAUUGAUCCUCCUGUGCCUGAAAAUGAUUGGAUUGCUUUUAAACUAAGUGAGCAAAAUAUGAAAAAUCGAAAGAUGCUUAAAGUCUCACAUGCUGGGGGUAGUAUGAGCAACGCAAGAAGAGCUCGUCAUAUGGAGCUACAAUUGAAUAGAUAUGUAUGUCGUGUUGAGGUUAUAUUGUCAACUUUGCUUAAAAAGAAUGGAAACUAUGUGAAUGAGGAAGGAAAAUCCAUCGCAGAAAAGAUAUCAGAGAACUUGUCUCAAGAUCAAGAACGUGUUGCCACUGAAGGUGUUCCAUCAAAGAUUAAUGCCUAUCCAGAUGAUGUCAUUGGCAAAGUGUACGAAGUUGAACAUUCAGGUCGAGUGUGUGGUUUAGGUGUUGGUGUUUUCCCCACGAGUGUUUUCAAGACGCGCAAAUAUUUCAUGCAAUUUGACAGUGUUGGUAGCUCUAGCCAAAAAAAUGUUGAGGAGUUACAAAAGGAAGUGCACACUUUGAAAGAAAAGCUAAAUGGAUAUGAAGAGAUUAAGGAGCAACUUUCACAAACACAAGAUCAACUUAAAGUUAUCCUUAAUUUUAUGCAAAGAAAAUUUGGUGAUGAGUUACCUACUUUUAACUAAGGUUUCCCUCCACCUUAGUAAUAUAAUUUCUUAUAAUAUAUAGAAAUUGAAGUUAAUAAGAUUUUUUGCACUUAGAUCUAUACUUUAAGUCACUAGCAAAUAUCAUGUUCUAUUUCUUGACAUAGUGAUUGAUAUUAUUAAAAUGAUACUCAUUCAUUAGUGUUAAUUUGUAAACAUUUGUUUACAUUAUGUUUUGACUUGACAGGU